AUGCCAGUACCCAGUCCGAAUUACAUGGCAGCGUCGAUCUAUUCUCCAAAGCCUGCAAUUUCUUCUGAGAAGUCCGAAGUCCUGCACCAACCUGCACCUACGGCGCCCUAUAUUAAACCUCACAUUAACGUCAACGUCCAAAGACUAGAAGUUGCAGACAAGUUCAUCGUCCUUGGUUGCUGUCUAUCACUCUCCGCAGAUUUCGGCAGACUGAAGGAUAAAAUCAGGGAGCGACGAGGACUGGCUCCGUUGGGUUGGUUACGUCUGCCGUAUGAACGACUGUCGCCUCCUCAAGAGAUCGAUCUAUGGCGAGUAAUCCACAGACAGACCAAAGAUGUGUUACAAAGACAGGCUGAAGGAGUCUCUCAAACAUUGUGGCAUUCCCCAUUCCACCUGGGAAGAUUUAAAUUUUUCUUUCUUUUCCUCUCAUCUACAUUUCUUUCUUUUUUCCUCUCAUCUAACUUUCUUUCUUUUUUUCAUCUCAUCUACCUUUCUUUCUUUUCCUCUCAUCUACCUUUCUUUCUUCUUUUCCUCUCAUCUACCUUUCUUUCUUUUCCUGUCAUCUACCUUUCUUUCUUUUCCUCUCAUCUACCUUUCUUUCUUCUUUUCCUCUCAUCUACCUUUCUUUCUUCUUUUCCUCUCAUCUACCUUUCUUUCUUUUUCUCUCAUCUACCUUUCUUUCGUCUUUUCCUCUCAUUUUCUUUCUUUUCCUGUCAUCACCUUUCUUUCUUUUCCUCUCAUCUACCUUUCUUUCUUCUUUUCCUCUCAUCUACCUUUCUUUCUUUUCUCAUCUACCUUUCUUUCUUCUUUUCCUCUCAUCUACCUUUCUUUCUUUUUUUCCUCUCAUCUACCUUUCUUUCUUUUUUCCUCUCAUCUACCUUUCUUUCUUUUCCUCUCAUCUACCUUUCUUUCUUUUCCUCUCAUCUACCUUUCUUUCUUCUUUUCCUCUCAUCUUUUUUCUUUCUUUUCCUCUCAUCUACCUUUCUUUCUUCUUUUCCUCUCAUCUACCUUUCUUUCUUUUUUCCUCAUCUACCUUUCUUUUUUUCUCAUCUCUUUUCCUUUCCUCUCAUCUACCUUUCUUUCUUUUCCUCUCAUCUACCUUUCUUUCUUCUUUUCCUUCAUCUACCUUUCUUUCUUUUCCUCUCUUCUACCUUUCUUUUUUCUUUUCCUCUCAUCUACCUUUCUUUCUUUUUUUCCUCUCAUCUACCUUUCUUUCUUUUUUCUCAUCUACCUUUCUUUCUUCUUUUCCUCUCAUCUACCUUUCUUUCUUUUCCUCUCAUCUACCUUUCUUUCUUCUUUUCCUCUCAUCUACAUUUCUUUCUUCUUUUCCUCUCAUCUACAUUUCUUUCUUUUCCUCUCAUCUACCAUUCUUUCUUCUUUUCCUCUCAUUUACCUUUCUUUUUUCUUUUCCUCUCAUCUACCUUUCUUUCUGCUUUUCCUCUCAUCUAUCUUUCCUUCUUUUCCUCUCAUCUACCUUUCUCUCUUCUUUUCCUCUCAUCUACCUUUCUUUCUUUUCCUCUCAUCUACCUUUCUUUCUUUUCCUCUCAUCUACCUUUCUUUCUUCUUUUCCUCUCAUCUACCUUUCUUUCUUUUCCUCUCAUCUACCUUUCUUUCUUUUCCUCUCAUCUACCUUUCUUUUGCUUUUCUCUCUUCUAUCUUUCUUUCUUCUUUUUUCUUCAUCUUUCUUUUUUCUUUUCCUCUCAUCUACCUUUUUUUCUUUUUUCUCUCAUCUACCUUUCUUUCUGCUUUUCUUUCUUUCUUUCUUUCUUUUCCUCUCAUCUACUUUUCUUUCUUUUCUCCUCAUCUACCUUUCUUUCUUUUCCUCUCAUCUACCUUUCUUUCUUUUCCUCUCAUUUACCUUUCUUUCUUCUUUUCCUCUCAUCUACCUUUCUUUCUUUUCCUCUCAUCUACCUUUCUUUCUUCUUUUCCUCUCAUCUACCUACCUUUCUUUUCCUCUCAUCUAUCUUUCUUUCUUCUUUUUCUCUCAUCUACCUUUCUUUCUUUUCCUCUCAUCUACCUUUCUUUUUUUUUUUUUCUCAUCUACCUUUCUUUUCUGCUUUUCCUCUCAUCUAUCUUUCUUUUUUUCCUCUCAUCUACCUUUCUUUCUUUCCUCUCAUCUUUUUCUUUCUUCUUUUCCUCUCAUCUACCUUUCUUUCUUUUCCUUUCAUUUACCUUUCUUUUCUUUUCCUCUCAUCUACCUUUCUUUCUUUUUCCUCUCAUCUAUCUUUCCUUCUUUUCCUCUCAUCUACCUUUCUCUUCUUUUCCUCUCAUCUACCUUUCUCUCUCUUUUCCUCCUUUCCUUUCUUUCUUUUCCUCUCAUCUACCUUUCUUUCUUUUCCUCUCAUCUACCUUUCUUUCUUCUUUUCCUCUCAUCUACCUUUCUUUUCUUUUCCUCUCAUCUACCUUUCUUUCUUUUCCUCAUCUAUCAUUCUUUCUUCUUUUCCUCUCAUCUACCUUUCUUUCUUUUCCUCUCAUCUACCUUUCUUUCUUCUUUUCCUCUCAUCUACCUUUCUUCUUUUCCUCUCAUCUACCUUUCUUUCUUUUCCUCUCAUCUACCUUUCUUUCUUUUCCUCUUCUACCUUUCUUUCUUCUUUUUCCUCUCAUCUACCUUUCUUUCUUUUCCUCUCAUCUUCCUUUCUUUCUUCUUUUUCUCUCAUCUACCUUUCUUUUCUUCUUUUCCUCUCAUCUACCUUUCUUUCUUUUCCUCUCAUCUACCUUUCUUUCUUUUCCUCUCACCCACCUUUCUUUCUUUUCCUCCCAUCUACCUUUCUUUCUUCUUUUCCUCUCAUCUACCUUUCUUUCUUUUCCUCUCAUCUACCUUUCCUCUCUUCUUUUCCUCUCAUCUACCUUUCUUUCUUCUUUUUCUUCUCAUCUACCUUUCUUUCUUCUUUUCCUCUCAUCUACAUUUCUUUCUUUUCCUCUCAUCUACCUUUCUUUCUUUUCCUCUCAUCUACCUUUCUCUCUUCUUUUCCUCUCAUCUACCUUUCUUUCUUUUCCUCUCAUCUACCUUUCUUUCUUUUCUUCUCAUCUACCUUUCUUCCUUUCUUUUCCUCUCAUCUACCUUUCUUUCUUUUCCUCUCAUUUUCUUUCUUUUUUCCUCUCAUCUACCUUUCUUUCUUUACUCAUCUUUUUCUUCUUCUUUUCCUCUCAUCUACCUUUUCUUUCUUUUUUUUCUUUUCUACCUUUCUUUCUUCUUUUCCUCAUCUUCCUUUCUUUUCUUUUCCUCCCCAUCUACCUUUCUUUCUUUUUUCCUCUCAUCUACCUUUCUUUCUUUUCCUCUCAUCUACCUUUCUCUCUUCUUUUCCUCUCAUCUACCUUUCUUUCUUCUUUUCCUCUCAUCUACCUUUCUUUCUUCUUUUCCUCUCAUCUACCUUUCUUUCUUUUCCUCUCAUCUACCUUUCUUUCUUCUUUUCCUCUCAUCUACCUUUCUUUCUUCUUUUCCUCUCAUCUACCUUUCUUUCCUCUUUUCCUCUCAUCUACCUUUCUUUCUUUUUCCUCUCAUCUACCUUUUUCUUUCCUCUCAUCUUUUCUUUCUUCUUUUCCACUCAUCUACCUUUCUUUCUUUUUUCCUCUCAUCUACCUUUCUUUCUUCUUUUCCUCUCAUCUACAUUUCUUUCUUUUCCUCUCAUCUACCUUUCUUUCUUUUCCUUUCAUUUACCUUUCUUUCUUUUCCUCUCAUCUACCUUUCUUUCUUCUUUUCCUCUCAUCUACCUUUCUUUCUUCUUUUCCUCUCAUCUAACUUUCUUUCUUCUUUUCCUCUCAUAUACCUUUCUUUCUUUUUUUCUCAUCUACUUUUCUUUCUUUUCCUCUCAUCUACAUUUUAUUCUUCUCCUCUCAUCUACUCUCUCUAUCUCUGUCCCUCUAUGUGGUUCAUUUGAUAACCAAGAGGAAUAUGCUGAUCAUUCCCCACUUCCUAAUUUUUUUUACUGUUCCCAAUUCAUAGCUUCCGGGAACAUCACUGUUCAAAGGCUACAGAAAUCAAAUGAACAAAAUAUACAAAAGAAUUGA